UGUGUGCUGCAUGGAAUUCGUCAAGCCUAUCACUGGAUACAACCACAUCCUCUACCUCCAUGAAAUUCCUUAAUUUGAUACGUAGCCUUCAACCCUCAUUUGAUUAUUAUAAACCCAGCCAUGUAUCUAACACACAUUUUCGAACCAAACAAUCACUAAUUAAACUCCAUGCAUCCUUAAUCUCUCUUAAUUAACCAUCCGAUCACUUGGAUUUAGCAUGAUAAUCCUACUUUCUGUGAUUCUAUGGCCGGCCUCAACAUACUGUAUAUAUGUAAACCCCAAAUCAUCAUUCUACCAUCGCAAUUCACAAUUCCCAAGCUCAGCUUAAUUUAAAGGUAAUUAAUGGCUAAACACUACUUCAAGCUCAAAUUCCCUCGGGUUAUUCCUCUGAUCCAAUUCUGUCGUCCCAAACACCAUGCCACUUUACCGGCAAUUUACCGGCUGUCUCCCGUCAACUCCAAAGCCUUGGACAUCGGCUACCCCAACCUCCUCCCCGCCCCACCACCGUCCACACCCGAACACCCCUCCAUCAAGCGCCGCGAGUCAACCAAGACGACGACCAAAUCCUCCCGCACCGGCUGCGGAUCAUGCAGGUCCAGGUCAUGCACGCGAUAUAUCUCUGACUGCAACGUCGAGAUCAAAUCAUCUGCAGAUUACGAGCGCAACAACAAUUAUAUGUCCCCGAUUUCGGAGACCGAGAAGUACUACAAAAAGAAACGCAAGGAGAAGAAGAAGAGAGCCAAAGCGAAAGCCGAGCUUCCUUUUAUAACUACUUCUUCGGGAAACUACGGUAACUGGUUCAGCGGCGAAUUCGAAGGAGACGAAGAAAACAACGAAGAAAGCGCAACCCCACUUUACUCUUCCAGAAGCUUCUCGAACGAAUUCUCACUAGUGUUAGAGAGUAUAGCAGAGAAAAUGUCAGACAAACAGAACAGCCUGCAAAAGAACAACAAGAAAACUAAUAAUGUUGAUUAUAAUAACAGCAAAACAAAGAAGGUUCGGAGAGCCAAUUCAGAUUCGGAUUUGAAGAAAUUGACGAGUGGUGAGAUUGGGAGGAUAAAGACGGUGUUGCGGCCGAUGAGGGUGUGCAGGGGAAAAGCAGGGAAGGUGAGAGAGAGCAUGGCGGUGGUGAAGAAGUCGGAGGAUCCGUACGACGACUUUAAGAGAUCGAUGAUGGAGAUGAUCAUGGAGAAGCAGAUUUUCGAGGCUAAAGAGUUGGAGGAGCUUCUUCACUGUUUCUUGACUUUGAACUCCCGCCACUACCAGGGGGUUAUUGUGGAGGCCUUUUCUGAGAUUUGGGAGCUCUUGUUUUCUGAUCCUUCAGACCAAUUGGGAAAGUUGAAGAACUGA